AUGGCAAAUCAAUGCAUUUUAUUGGUGACAUUUAUGUGUUUUGAUGUAUAUAAAAUCUCAAAUAAUCCUAAAUCUCAUCACAAAAUCGGGAUCUUUCGAAAGCACGCUUGCCAGAAGCAGCCACUUCCAACAACUCAAGAUGAACACGUUCGUGAUUUUAGCAUUUUUUGUGGCCGGCGCCUACAGUCAGCUGAAUCAAGUUGCAGACCUGGAAGGAAAUCUUUUUGACUGCGAAUUUGUUGUUGGCCAGAACUGCUGUUCGAUUAGACGUUACGACGCGGAUGCAUUGGACGAAGACUUCGCUACGUGCAUGGGUGGCUCCUCCUGGAACCAGGAUAUAUGCGGAUGCGUAGUUCAAGAAAGUUGUGAUUGCCCAAGUGAACCAUUUGAACCAAUCGUUGACGAUAUAUGUAAAGAUCAAGCUGCUCUUGACGCCAACGGUGCAUGUUGUCAAGACAAUAGAGCAUAUUUCCCUGUUGCUGCUGCACCAAGUAACUAUACCUUUGGCGGUGAGGAGAUGGAAUGUCACCCAGUAAUGACCUUUGACUUUGGCUCUGAAGUGUGCUCUUGUGUUGGAGAGGCCCUUAUGGAGACAGCAGCACCAGGUGCACCAUAA